AUGUCUGCUACCAACGUGGAGAAGGCCCCCGAGGCCGCCGUCAACGACGUUGCCAACACUCUGAGCAAUACCUCAAUCUCCCAGCCUGCCGAUGACAAGGCCGCCGCCAACGAGGCUGCGUCGGCCAGCGCUGCCGAGGGCCGCCGCCUGUACAUUGGCAACCUGGCCUACGCGACAACCGAGGGGGAGUUGAAGGACUUCUUCAAGAGCUAUCUUGUUGAGUCUGUCUCGAUCCCGAAGAACCCCCGCACCGAGCGCCCCGUGGGCUAUGCCUUCGUCGAUCUCUCCACCCCUUCCGAGGCUGAGCGCGCGAUUGCCGAGCUCUCCGGCAAGGAGAUUCUGGAGCGCAAGGUCUCCGUUCAGCUGGCUCGCAAGCCGGAGGCUGCUGGUGACAAGACUGACGGUGCCAACGGCGAGGGUUCUGGUGCCGAAGGCUCCCGCCGUCGCGCCUCCGGCCGUGGCCGUGGCCGCGGACGUGGUCGUGGUGGCCGUGCCGCUCGUGGUGGUCGUAUUGGCGACGCUGGUGAGGAGAAGAAGGAAGGAGACGUUCCCGGAACUGCCGCAACUGAAGUCGCGGCCGCCCCGGCCGAUGCUGAGGGCACCACUGAGGUGCAGCCAUUGAAGGACAUCACGAACAUGAGCAAGACUGACGAGGACGACAAGAAUUCAAAGACUCAGGCCCGUCCUCAGCGUGAGCGCCGCGAGCGCGGCCCCCCUGCGGACGGCAUUCCUUCCAAGACCAAGGUCAUGGUCGCCAACCUGCCCUAUGACUUGACCGAGGAGAAGCUCAUUGAGCUGUUCAAGGCAUACGAGCCUUCUUCGGCCAAGAUUGCCCUGCGUCCCAUCCCCCGAUUCAUGAUCAAGAAGCUCCAGGCUCGCGGCGAGGCCCGCAAGGGCCGUGGCUUCGGCUUCGUCACCCUGGCAUCGGAGGAGCUGCAGCAGAAGGCUGUCAACGAAAUGAACGGCAAGGACAUCGAGGGCCGCGAGAUCGCUGUCAAGGUGGCCAUCGACAGCCCCGACAAGACGGAUGAGGAAGCCAACGCUCCUCAAGGCGACGAGACCAAGGAGGGUGCCGAGGCUGCCGCUGAGGCCCCUGCUGCGACCGCCACCGCCUAA